CCGGGCGCACACCGGGUACCUGGGGUAAUCGAGGAAACUCAACAGAGUCCUCUCCGUAGCAAACACUAGCUAGCCGGCUAAUCUCCUGAACAACGCAGUUGUGGAUGUUUUAUUGGCCGUUUCAAUGCCCAUGUCUGUUAUCCUUUAUAUAUCAGUGAGUUUCUAACACGCCGUCAGUGUAAAAAGUGAGGCACACACCGACGGUCACGUUGAAAUACGCUGGAUGUUUGGCCACUGUUGCUUUCUCCCAGGAUGCUAGCAUAUAAGCAAGCCAGCUAGCUAGCUAGCCAACCCGCUAAAGUAGCCAAAUAGCAGCACUGUCCCGGAUGCUUUGAACAGCAACGCAGCGGAUUUUGGAGAGUUUCUAGUCGGCCUCGCAUGAUGUCAGGCAACCGGCCACAGCAAAGCGCCGGUGGGGCGAGUUCAGUGCCCAGCACGAGUAGCAGCAGUAGUACAGGAGGCACUGGGAACUCAAACAGCAGCGGUGGAAGCAGCGCCGUCACAAGUAAUGGUAACAAUUCUGGAAAUGUUGUGCCCUCCCGGACCUUGGCAGGAGCCAGCGACGGUAGCUUGUCGGUGCCAAGUUUGGCCGCCGUACCGUCGUCUCGGGGCGGUUUUUCUUCUCUGAGUAGACCCACUGCGACCCCAGGUAGCCGAAAGAAAUCCCUCCACCAAGCACCCCUUUACAAUGGCCUCUUGAAUUCAUACGAAGAUAAAAGCAACGAUUUUGUCUGUCCCAUUUGCUUCGAGAUGAUAGAAGAGGCACACAUGACAAAGUGUGGGCACAGUUUUUGUUUCAAGUGUAUCCGCCAGAGUCUGGAGGACAGCAACAGAUGUCCCAAGUGUAACUAUAUUGUCGAUAACGUGGAUCAGCUUUACCCAAACUUUCUUGUAAAUGAACUGAUCCUCAAACAAAAACAAAGGUCAGAGGAGAAGAGACUGAAACUGGAUCAUCCUAAUGGGUCUCGGUGGCAGGUGUUCCAGGAUGUGUUGAGUCCUGACCAGGAGAACUUGGACCUGGCAAAUGUCAAUCUGAUGCUGGAGCUCCUGGUCCAGAAGAAGAAGCAGCUGGAGGCGGAAUCCCAAGCUGCUCAGAGACAGAUCCUGAUGGAGUUCCUCAAAGAAGCAAGGAGAAACAAGAGAGAGCAACUUGAGCAACUACAGAAAGAGCUCAACUUUCUUGAAGAGGACAUCAAGCGUGUCGAGGAAAUGAGCGGGCUGUACUGUCCAAUAAUGGAGGCGGAGUGUACGGUGCCUAAUGUUGAGGCUCCAUCACCAGCACCCAGCUGCAGUAGUAUUAUCGAGCCACCAGACUACAGCCAGCCUCCAGGAUUUGGUGGAACAACCCAGGGCAAAAGACAGACCUGGUACAACAGCACCCUUGCGUCACGGAGGAAGAGGCUGACUGCUCAUUUUGAGGAUCUGGAGCAGUGCUACUUCUCCAACAAAAUGUCCCGCAUCACAGAUGAAGGCAGGAACCUGAACCAGCUGGAUGACUUCAUGGAGUGUCUGUCUAAGUUCACCCGCUACAACUCUGUGCGGCCGCUCGCCACCCUCUCAUACGCCAGUGACCUCUAUAACGGCUCCAGUAUUGUCUCCAGUAUUGAGUUUGACCGUGACUGUGACUACUUUGCCAUCGCUGGUGUGACCAAGAAGAUCAAGGUGUUUGAGUACGGCACAGUGAUCCAGGAUGCAGUAGACAUCCACUACCCUGUUAAUGAAAUGACCUGCAAUUCCAAAAUCAGCUGUAUCAGCUGGAGCAGCUAUCACAAGAACCUUCUAGCCAGCAGUGACUAUGAGGGUACGGUCAUCCUGUGGGAUGGAUUCACCGGCCAGAGGUCCAAAGUCUACCAGGAACAUGAAAAAAGGUGUUGGAGUGUUGAUUUCAACUUGAUGGACCCCAAGCUGUUAGCCUCCGGUUCUGACGAUGCUAAAGUGAAGUUGUGGUCGACCAAUCUUGACAACUCAGUGGCCAGCAUCGAGGCCAAGGCCAAUGUCUGCUGUGUGAAGUUCAGUCCAACCUCCAGGUAUCAUCUGGCCUUUGGCUGUGCGGACCACUGUGUCCACUACUAUGAUCUACGCAACACUAAACAGCCAAUCAUGGUAUUCAAAGGUCACAGGAAGGCUGUGUCUUACGCCAAGUUUGUCAACGGAGAGGAAAUUGUUUCUGCUUCAACAGACAGUCAGCUGAAGCUGUGGAACGUCAACAAACCUCACUGCCUGCGCUCCUUCAAGGGUCACAUCAACGAGAAGAACUUUGUAGGCCUGGCUUCCAAUGGAGACUAUGUUGCCUGUGGCAGUGAAAACAACUCCCUGUACCUAUACUACAAAGGACUUUCCAAGACACUGUUAACAUUCAAGUUCGACACGGUGAAGAGUGUCCUGGACAAGGACAAGAAGGAAGACGACACCAAUGAGUUUGUCAGUGCUGUCUGCUGGAGAGCGCUGCCCGAUGGAGAGUCAAAUGUACUGAUUGCUGCAAACAGUCAAGGAACCAUCAAGGUACUUGAGCUCGUCUGAAGGCCCAGCAUGUCUUCCACGUGUGAUAGAACUACCAUCAGCCUCUCUUUGUUUGGUAGAGGAUCAGUCUGAUGCAGGGCCCAGGCUGAACGCUGGACUAGGAUACUCGACAACACCGGGAGAGCUGAAAUAAACUGAACCUGUCCUAUUUUAAUGAGCUACAGCAGAAAGACUUUGGACCAGUACAUCAGUAUAGCAGGAGAAGAUGUGCUGUCAUUUUACAGCAAAGAGACAAGGACCGUGCUGGGGCACACAAUGGAACAAGAGACUUCAGAAAGCAUUUUUGUUUCUUUUCAGUAAAGUUAUAUCGGCUACAAUACAACGCCUCUUUAUGGUUUUUAGGUCAAAUCAAUACUUGUACCUUUUUUUAAUUAAGCUGUUGCUCUCGAAGGUACAUCCAGCCAAAUGCUACUAGUGUGAUGCAUUUUCUUUUUUAAAAGGCCAAAGCACAAGACAAAAUGACAUGCAGGAAUUAUGUCUUCACGUGAAGCUUUUAACCCCCUCCCCACAUUGUUUGUCAACCAUCUGUUUUUUUCCCCCCCUUUACGUGUAGUUUUUGUGUUUUUCAGAUUGGGAGAAACCAGUUUUAAUAAAUAUAACUUGAAUGUCAUUCUGUCAAGCAUAUUGUCGGUUCCUUUUACUG